UGGGGCCUUAUUUGCCCAGUGAUGCGGAGAUUUGGAGAGGUAUUUGCACAGCGGUCGCCUUGACAACCACAACAGUUUGUGUGCUUUAGACCUACAGCACAGACUUGUGACCAAUGUUUAUGCGGUGUUCCUCGCCAUUUCUUACCAGCCUUGCUGUCUAGAGCCUCUACUGUAGGCUACUGGUCCGCUACGUCCUGAUUUCAGCCCACUUUUUCUCGUGACGUUCCUGAGUAAGAAGCGAAACCAUGCCACGUAGACAUUCCGCAGGCCGCCGCUCUGAUGCAAGCGAGGUGGAUGACAUGGAGGGACUCGCUGAAAGUGAGCUGGCCAAGCUACAGCGUCAGUACCGUAUUAUGGAGGGGGAUCGCCAGGCAUAUAGUGUGGAGUCACAAGAUCUGAUUCGCAGACAAAGGGCUGAGAUUGAUAAGCUGCAAGCAGAGCAGAAUGAGCUGUUCAAGGAUUUGAAGCUGUCCCGCAGCAAGUUCAACCAGGUCAAGGAUGAGGAGAACAAAGAUGUCUUGAAGAACCUGGUUGCUGCUAAAGAUGAAUAUGGGUCAGCCAUCGAGAAUGAAAAGGAGAAAAUUGCAGAACUUGACAUUGAGAUUCGCAAGUGGGAGAGGAAAGUGGACGGGCAGCGGAAGUCUAUGGGAGGCAGCAACAUCGGUCGUGAGCAUGAGGUCAAAGUUCGCAAGCAGAUGAGGGUCCUUGAGAACAGACUGGACAGGAGUACAAAAGGUUUUAAUGAGGCGCUGACGAGGAAUGCGAAGCUACGUGAGGAGAUUGACAGCCUCCGGACUGAGAGAGCCAGAUUUGAGCAGCUGUUCAAGAAGCUGGACAAGGAAUUGAAGGACACCAGGAAGGAGAUUGGGGAGACGAUCGAGAGUUCCACGGCGGCGUACGACUCCCGUGACGAAGCGCAGGCCAAGAUGAUCCUGCUGAAGGAGAAGGCCGACAAGGACCUGGCACAGCACACACAGGAGACCAAGGAGCUGCAGCGAGUCAUCGACCAUGACAGGAAGCUGAAGGAGUUCAUGGGCAUCAAGACCAUGGAGAGGGAGGAGGACGAACAGGCUCGUGCACAGAGGAUUAAGAGGGAAAUAGAGGAAGCAGAGCGUAAGAAGAAGGAGGCUAAGGAGGAAAGCGUGGAGACGUACGAAGAAGCUUUUGACAAGAUUCGUGCAGAGACAGGGGAAGAAGACUUGGAUCUGCUGGUGGAGAGGUUCAUUGAGGUGGAGGAUCGCAACUUUGCUCUCUUCAACUAUGUGAAUGAGCAGAACAAUGAGCUGGAGAAGCUUCAUGAUGAAAUUGAAGAUAUCCAGGAGGAGAUCAAGCGGUUCCAGCAGCAGGGGGUGUCCAUCGAGCAGCAGCGGCAGCUCAUCCUGAAGGACCUGGAGGAACAGUCGGAGACGGCCGGCAAGACCGCCAACGAACACGACGAGCGCAGCAAGGCUGUCAACAAGAUCCUGGACCAGCUUAAAGCAGGAAUUGACUCACUCUUCAACAAGCUGAGCUGUGACCGGUCAGCUCUGGAGGACAUGUUGGGGGGAACCGAGGGCGUCCGGAACGACAACAUGAUGCAAUACCUGGGCGUCAUCGAGGAGAGGACCAAUGAGCUGUUAGCAUCACAGGCAUACCUCAUGUCAAAGGAUUAUGAAAGACCAUAUGACCCCAAACUCAACAGUCUGCUUGGGGAGGGACCAAGCAAACCACCCCCCUCUCUACAAAUAGAACCUCCCACCACUGGAGAUGACUAUGACAGUGAUGAUUCCGCCCAACCGAGUGAUGAAGACCAGAGACCACUCACACAGAGUGAGCUGAAGAACAGGGUCAUGAAGGGGGUUAUCAAAAAAGAAAAAGCAGCCGGACAGAAGAAGACGUUUGCAUAUGACUUGUCAGGUGCAAAGGAUCUAAAACAGACGAAAUCCUACGAGAAGAAGAAGGGAAAACACUAGGAAGCAAUGAUCCUAUGUCACUCCUUUAUUUGUACAUACUAAAACAUUUAUUUCCUCCUGUAUAACACAUGAUGUUGCACAGAUUAGAUAUGCAUAUAUCUUUCAUUAGUGUUCAAAUAUAUAUAAGGCUUGUUUAGAAAUCAGUUCAUAGAGAUGUUGCAUAUACUUUAAGCUGUAAUUUGCUUAUUUCAAUAUCAUUUCAUAAGAAUUGAGAUACCUCUGUUGUCAUGUUAUUACCUUAAAGUUAUUGUAAGAAUUGUUUGACUUGAAUAUUCAGUUGUCAUUUAUGAUUUUUGAAUGUGAAAGCUUGAUUUACCUGACGUGUACAAUAUUGAUGACGAUUCGAUAAUUAAGUGAAGUUCAUAGUUCAUCUUAUAGGGCAUCUCUUCAAAAGUGAUGCAAGUGCAAUGUAACAGUUGACAUGUGGUGUGAUCUAUCAGACAUAUGAGAACAAGCUUAUGUCAUGGACACAGGCAAUUUUUAUCUUUUAUGUUGUUUGCAACGCUGCAAAUAUUCUACAGCCAAAACAGUUCCUUAAUGUUGUUGAAAUUUUGGAUGAAUUGUAAUACAUUUUGUGGUAUUCAACACGGUUUUGUCACAAGCACAAAAUGGUUGUCUAAAAGGAAUCAAGGAUAGAAAAUGUUAAAUUUUGGUUGUUUUGCAUCCAAUGACUAUUACUAGCUACUUUCUACACAUAUCAUAGGCAUUUUGUAGCAAUAUGAUGUAUAGAGAAUAUUUUGACUACAUUACUGUGUAUAUAUACAUAUACAUGUACAUGUAUGUUGAACAUGUUAACUAAAUAAAAUAAUGAUUUCAUUCAUAA